AUGGCACGUACUCGAGGAGGAGGAGUAGAGGGAGCUCGUCAACGUCCGACAGCUUCCACGAGGAGGAGGAGGGGGGUAGAGGGCCAUGAUGGUCAUUCUGUAGCUGAUACAUCUAUCUCAGAGGCGCAUAUUUCUGAGCAGCCAGGUACUUUAGACUCAUCACCUCCUAGUGCUCCAGAGCAGCCAUCUACUAGUGCUCCAGAGCAACCAUCUACUAGUGCUCCUGAGCAGCCAUCUACUAGUGCUCCGGAUGAUACUACUGAACUAUUUUUGGGAGGCCCUGAAGAUUCAUCCAUUUUAAAGAGUUUUAAAAAUCAUGUUGCUGUUAGCAUAUGGGCCGGAGAGGAAAGAUGUGUAUUAAAGUGUAAUAGCCAUGGACAAAGAAUUCCUGAUUGGCCAUUAGCAAAUCAGCAACGUAUUUAUGAUAUUGUUGUAAGAUCUCAGUUGGCACCUUUGAUAGAAUCCACGUAUCGAUUUGUAAAUCCUACAGUUGUGUCAGCCUUUUCAGAAAGAUGGCAACCUGAGACUAACACAUUUCAUCUACCAUUUGGUGAGAUGACACUCACGCUAGAUGACGUUGCUACUAUUCUGAAGAUACCAGUUUCUGGCAGCCCUGUAUCAAUCCCUCAUUUGACAGACUUGAGUAUAUCUGGUACGCAUGCAUGGGGGGCUGCUUGUUUGGCAUAUUUAUAUAGGCAGCUGGGUAUCACGAGUAGAAGAGAUGUCAAGGGAAUAUGUGGAUAUUUAAUAUUACUUGAGGCUUGGAUAUACGAACAUUUUCCAUUGACUAGAAGUAAACAUAAUUUAUCAUAUACUGACGAGUUGCCUAGGGCUCAUCGCUGGCUUCUUGUUCGUGAGUAUGAUUCUUUGCAAUCUUUGCGAGAGCGACUUGAUGACUUAACUGAAGAUCAGGUCAUAUGGACACCAUAUAGGAGGUAUCGUACACAACACCCACUGCAUGAGAUUGCGUUCUUCUCUGGAUGUCUUAAGUGUGGAGGCGUGAUUGAGCCAUAUCAUCCGGAGAGGGUUCUGCGACAAUUUGGGCAUAAGCAGAAUAUACCUCCACCUCCAUUAUCUCCUAUUGAAGCCAAGCGGGGUAGAGCUACGGCAACAUAUAAGGUAAUUUAUAAUUUUAUCAAUGAUAGUUGGUCUCGCUGGGAUUUUCACUUAUUGCCAGCACACCGCCGGGGUGGACUUGCCCUAGUGCCAUGGGAGUGCAGUGAAGACUACUUGGCAUGGUAUCAUCGCAUUACACAUCGAGUCAUACAAAAUCCUACAAAUAGAUCUGGAUUUGACAGAGGUGAUCGAGAUAGAGUGACUCUUGCUGAUGUGUGCAUCAUGGCAUCACUGUCUCCUCUUAGGCAAGUCAUAUCAGGUGGAUCCACUCAAGAUGUAGAUGCGUGGAGACGGGCAUGUCUUCAGGUAUAUGAUAUUUUGACUAUUCGUACUGGGUCUUCUUCUACUGGGUCUUAUGCAUAUACAGUAUUUCGAGAAGUGCCUUCUAGUAUGGUACGAACACCGACGGUGGUUACAUCACAUUCGGCAGUAAUUAUAAAUCCACCACCUACGAGUUCAGAUCCACAUCAUCCAGCCCCAAACCCCCCUCAAGAGACAAGAAAAAGGACUGAUAGAGAUUAAUUUUUUUUUUUUGUAAUAUGAGACUAUUUGUAUUUGCUAUAGUGAGUAGAGUCUUAUCUAUUUGACUAUUUCUGAUGAGGUUCGAAUAUGUCGCUAAGAUAUAAAUGGUGCCAACCCUUU